CACAGUCCAACAUGGAUGAGAUUAAAAUGCUGCACGGGUAGUUACUAGAGAGACGGAAUAAGAAAGGAAGGGCCGGUGAACUGAUUAGGUGAGUGGGGCAGUGUUACAGAAACUUGACAUUUGGUGCGCCCUUGUUCACGUUGUGGAGCCUUUCCGUUGUGAGUUGCUAAAGGCCACUGUUGACGGGUGUUCUGCGUAUUAGAGAGAAGGGUGCAGCAGCGCAUCCACGGUGACAGUGUCAGACGCAGCAAUAGCCAAACGAAGUCAUGGGAGAUCCAGUACAGUGAUGUUCUUCGGAGCAGGACUGGCUCAAACAUUUGGCAGCCUGGAGAUUGAGUGAAGAGAGAGAACAAGAGGUGGUCUGGGGGCAAAAUGCCUUGUCUGUUGUCCCUGAACGCUCAGGCCAGAUUUGAUUCCAAAUGGCUCAAGACCGAUUUGCAGCGUGCUUUCUCUCCAGAUGGACUAUGUGAAUUGUGGAAUGAAAUGGUCAAAGAUGGAGAAAUCGCCUGUAGUGGAGAAGAAAUAGCACAAACAGAGGACAGUGCAGAUUGUUCGAGUAGCCAAAGAAAAGAGGAGUCUAAUGAAAGAGAGAAGAAGGAGGAAGAAGAACCAGUAACAUCUGUUCAUCAGUCAAUUAUUGAAACGUGGGACUGGGGCCGACAACCAGAUGUGAAUGAACUUAAAGAGUGCCUCUUUGUGCUUGUGGAUGACCAGCAAAAGCUGGCUUCCCAUACUGCCAAAACUACGCUGUCUGCGGUGAGGCUACGACAGCGACUGAUCAUUCUUGAACGUUACCUCAUUGCCCUUAGUUGCAGCAUCCAGCAGGAGGACUUUAAAGCCAAAUGGAAAACUACAACAAGUGUUCCCUUACCUCCAGUUGACAAGAAAAGCUCCCGGCCUACAGGAAAGGGUGUUGAGGGACUUGCUCGAGUAGGGUCACGAGCAGCACUUUCUUUUGCAUUUGCAUUCCUAAGGAGAGCAUGGAGAUCAGGUGAGGAUGCAGAUCUCUGUAGUGAAUUACUGCAAGAGUCGCUUGAUGCCCUACGUGCUCUCCCAGAGGCAUCGUUAUUUGAUGAAGGGACGGUGUCAUCUGUGUGGCUUGAAGUAGUGGAGAGAGCAACAAAGUUCUUGCGAUCAGUUGUGACAGGCAGUGAUGUUCAUGGUGGUCCAAGCAGUAAAGGGCCAGGAAACAUUCCACUUCAGGACCAGCAUCUAGCCCUUGCAAUUCUUCUUGAGCUGGCUGUCCAAAGAGGGACAUUAAGCCAGCUGCUGUCUGCUGUCUUGUUAUUGCUCCAGUUAUGGGAUAAUGGUACUCGAGAAACUGAUAAUGAGAGAUCAGCACAGGGCACCAGUGCCCCUCUUCUACCUCUCCUGCAGAGGUUUCAUAAUAUACACUGCAGUAAAGAUAUUCCUUGCACUGAAGAAGAAAUGCAGUUUCAGAUUCUGUCUUCACCCUUAAGCCCUAAUGAGAGUUUUCUUCGAUACUUGACAUUACCUCAGGACAAUGAUUUAGCCAUUGAUCUUCGACAGACAGCUGUGGUCGUGAUGGCCCAUUUGGAUCGCCUAGCGGCUCCAUGUACACCACCUCAGUGCAGUUGUCCCACAUCACAAAAGGGAUCUUUGCAAAAGGUCAUUGGCUGGGGAAGGCUUGGAUGGAAACCUCAUGCCAAUGUGAGUGGUCCAGUUCAGUGUAAAGCACUUGCAAAUCUUGGCAUCACCCAGCUUGUAUGUUCAGAGAAAAAUUUUCUUAUCUUGUCAAGAAAUGGUGGAGUGUAUACUCAGUGCUACAAAAGUGACUCCUUGGCUCCAACUUUGGUUCAGGGACUUGCAUCCAGAAAGAUUGUUAAAAUUGCAGCUCAUCCUGAUGGUCAGCAUUAUCUAGCUUUGUCAUCUGCAGGAGAGGUUUUCUCCUGGGGCUGUGGAGAAGGUGGAAGGCUGGGACACGGAGAUACUGUGUAUUUGGAAGAGCCGAAAAUGAUUGCUGCUUUCUCUGGAAAGCAGUCAGGCAAUCAGGUACUUCAUAUAGCAUGUGGAAGUACAUACAGUGCAGCAGUUACUGUGGAUGGAGAGCUAUACACAUGGGGAAGAGGCAAUUAUGGCCGUCUAGGGCACGGUUCGAGUGAAGAUCAGACCACACCAAUGCUUGUAACUGGGUUGAAAGGUCUUAAGGUCAUUGAUGUUUCCUGUGGAAGUGGUGAUGCUCAGACUUUAGCUGUUACCGAAAAUGGUCAAGUAUGGUCUUGGGGAGAUGGAGACUAUGGAAAAUUAGGAAGAGGAGGGAGUGAUGGAUGUAAAACACCAAAGCUAGUUGAAAAAUUGCAGGACCUAAACAUUGUAAAAGUUUGCUGUGGCAGCCAAUUCUCAGUUGCUUUGACAAAGGAUGGACAAGUCUAUACUUGGGGUAAAGGUGAUAACCAGCGCUUGGGGCAUGGGACAGAAGAACAUGUCAGAUAUCCAAAGUUACUUGAUAGUUUACAAGGAAAAAAAGUAGUUGACAUUGCCGUUGGCUCGACACACUGUUUAGCACUAACUGAUGAUGGGGAAGUGCAUAGCUGGGGCAGCAAUGACCAGUUCCAACAUUUUGAUACGCUUUUCAUAAACAAGAAGAAGCCAUCAGCUUUGCCAAGCCUAAAUGCAAAACAUAUUGUAGGGAUUGCCUGUGGUCCUGCUCAGAGCUUUGCUUGGUCCUCAAGUUCUGAGUGGUCAAUCAGUCUGCGUGUACCUUUUGUUGUGGAUGUUUGUCCUAUGACUUUUGAACAGCUUGAUUUACUACUGCGUCAAGUGAGUGAAGGUAUGGAUGGUACCUCUGACUGGCCUCCCCCACAGGAGAAGGAAUGUAUGGUGGUGGCAACACUGAAUCUUUUAAGACUACAGCUUCAUGCAGCAAUUAGUAACCAGGUGGAUCCUGAUACCCUGGGUUUGGGUUUAGGAAGUGUGCUAUUAAACAGCCUGAAACAAACUGUGGUAACCUUAGCAAGCAAUGCUGGAGUCCUAAAUACAGUUCAGUCGGCUGCCCAGGCAGUGCUUCAGAGUGGCUGGUCAGUAUUGCUUCCUACGGCGGAGGAGCGGGCUAGGGCGCUUUCAGCACUUCUGCCCAAUGCAGUUUCAGGUAAUGAAAAUGGCAUAAGCCCAGGUCGUCGGUUUAUGAUUGAUUUACUUGUGAGCAGUUUAAUGGCAGAUGGUGGUUUGGAAUCUGCAUUAAAUGCUGCUAUCACUGCAGAAAUUCAGGACAUUGAAGCAAAAAAAGAGGCCCAAAAAGAGAAGGAAAUAGAUGAACAGGAGGCUAACGCAUCAACUUUACAUAGAAAUAGAACACCUCUUGACAAAGAUCUGAUUAAUACAGGAAUUUAUGAGAGCUCCAGCAAGCAGAGUCUUCCUCUUGUACAGCUUGUCCAACAGCUGCUAAGGAAUAUUGCAUCACAGACAAUAGCCAGACUGAAAGAUGUUGCACGCAGAAUUUCCAACUGUGUUGAAGCUGAACACUCUAGCAAAGAACGCUCUGCAUCUUUGGAUUUGCUUUUGAGGUUUCAGCGCUUGCUAAUUAGUAAACUGUAUGCAGGUGUCAGUGGGCUGCAACACAGUAAUGGAUAUAGUCCUGAACUCUUAGGAGUGGGCUCCUUACUGAAGAAAUAUAUUGCCUUGUUAUGUACCCAUAUUGGUGAUUUGCUUCCUGUUGCAACUAGCAUUGCAUUCACUGGGCAUAGACAUUUUGCAGAAGUGUCACGGAUUAUUGAGGGUGAUCUUACAGGUGUUCUCCUUCCUGAGAUGGUGACGUCCAUAAUUUUGCUGCUAACUAAAAAUGCAGGCCUGAUGCAGGAAACUGGUGCAAUUCCCUUGCUGGCAGGGUUACUAGAGCACCUUGACAGAUUUAACCACCUUGCUCCUGGGAGAGAGAGGGAUGACAGUGAAGACAUGGCCUGGCCAGGAAUUAUGGGGUCAUUCUUCAUGGGACAAAGUUCAAAAAAUAAUGAAGAAGUGUCACUGAUUCGUAAAGCUGAUUUAGAAAAUCACAAUAAAGAUGGAGGAUUUUGGACUGUAAUUGAUGGAAAGGUGUAUGACAUAAAGGAUUUUCAAGCACAAUCAUUAACUGGAAAUAGUAUUCUUGCUCAGUUUGCAGGAGAAGACCCAGUGGCAGCUUUAGAGGCUGCCUUGCAGUUUGAAGAUACUAGGGAGUCCAUGCAAGCCUUUUGUGUUGGACAAUACAUGGAGCCAAAUCAAGAAACUGUUACCACUCCAGACCUAGGAAGCCUGUCUUCUCCACUUGUUGAUACAGAAAGGAAUCUUGGACUGCUUUUAGGACUGCAUGCAUCAUAUCUAGCCUUGAGCACACCACUUUCAGCCAUGGAGAUUGAAUGUGGCAAAUGGCUUCAGUCUUCAAUAUUCUCAGGUGGGCUGCAAACAAGCCAAAUCCAUUACAAUUACAAUGAGGAAAAGGAUGAAGACCAUUGCAGUUCUCCAGGCACAACCACUCCAGACAAAUCCAAACUUUAUUCAAGACAUCUGACUUCCAGUGAUCAUUCUCAGCCAUUUCUACAAGCCAUAGCUGAUAACAACAUUCAGGAUCAUACAGUAAAGGAUUUUCUAUGCCAGAUUGAAAGAUGCUGUAAACAAUAUCAUCUCAUUACUCCAAUAAUCUUCCCACCUGAGCAUCCAGUGGAAGAAGUGGGGCGUCUCUUACUAUGCUGCCUUCUGAAGCAUCAGGAUUUAGGUCAUGUUGCGUUAUCACUGGUUAAUCAAAAUUCUCUGGGCAUAGAUCAAGGAAAGCACAGGUCUUUGCCCAAGUCUGUCACUGAUGUUUGCCGAAUGGUUUACCAAGCGAAGUGCACUUUAAUUAAGACUCAUCAAGAGCAAGGACGUUCAUAUAAAGAAGUUUGUGCCCCAGUGAUAGAACGUCUUCGCUUCCUUUUCAAUGAGCUUCGUCCAGCAGUUAGCAAUGAUCUCUCUAUCAUGUCCAAGCUAAAACUUCUCAACUCCUUACCUCGCUGGAAAAGAAUUGUUCAGAAACUCAUUAGAGACCGGAGAAAAAAGAAAGUGUCUAAAAAGUCUGAGUCCGAAGAUGUAGAAGAAUCAAAGAAUGAAGAAACUAAUAUGGAUGAACCUUGUAUGGUUGCUAUCAGUCCCAAUCCUGCUGAUAAAAAAAAUUUACCAGUAAAGUCACCCAAGCAGGACAAGUGGCAGCCUUUACUCAACACUGUGGCAAGUGUUCAUAGGUACAAGUGGCUCAAGCACAAUGUUCGAGGAGUAUUUCCUCAAUCUGCAUUGAUGGCAACAAUUCUUGACUUUGCUCUGAAGGAAGAGCCACUGGAUGUUGAGAAAAUGAGGAAAUGCUUGUUAAAACAGUUGGAACGAGCUGAAGUACGUCUUGAGGGAAUUGAUACAAUGCUGAAACUAGCCUCUAAAAAUUUUUUGCUACCAUCUGUUCAAUAUGCCAUGUUGUGUGGCUGGCAGAGACUUGUACCUGAAGGGACCAAUAUUGGGGAUCCUCUGUCAGAUUGCUUAAAAGAUGUGGACCUCAUUCCCCCUUUUAACAGAAUGUUGCUUGAAGUUACAUUUGGAAAACUUUACGCAUGGGCAAUACAGAACAUUCGCAACAUACUACUAGAUGCAAGUACUAGAUUCAAAGAGCUAGGUGUGCAACCGGUACCUUUACAGACAAUCACUAAUGAAAAUCCUGCAGGACCAAGCCUUGGUACCAUUCCACAAGCCAGAUUUUUACUAGUUAUGUUAAAUAUGCUUUCUUUGAAACAUGGAGCCAAUAAUUUGAGUCUUCUUUUAAACUCUGGUUUGCUGGCGCUAACUCAAACAAUCCUGCGUCUCAUAGGUCCUAGUAGUGACAGUAGUGAAGAAGAUGUAGGUUCCUGUGUCCAUGGAACCUCAGCAACAGUUUUAGAAGAGUCCAGAAAAGAAGCCGCUCCAGCUCCUCUCCCUGCUUCUGGACCUGAACUUGCUUCUAUGAUGAAGAUAGGGACAAGGGUCAUGAGGGGAGUUGAUUGGAAAUGGGGUGAUCAGGAUGGCCCACCACCAGGUUUAGGACGUGUGAUUGGAGAACUGGGAGAAGAUGGCUGGAUUAGAGUGCAGUGGGACACUGGCAGUACAAACUCAUACAGGAUGGGGAAGGAGGGAAAGUAUGAUUUGAAAUUAGCAGAGCCCCUCCCAGCUGCUCAACCCACAAUAGAAGAUUCUGAUACAGAGGAUGAUAUAGAGACUGAACCAUUAGAAAGGAGCAUUCAUCCUACUGCUAUGAUGUUGAAUAGCACUGUAAAUCUGUUAAAGACACUUUGUCUUUCUGCCGGAAUUCAUGCUGAAGUUAUGCAGUCAGAAGCUAUCAAGACACUUUGUGGUCUCCUCCACAUGUUAGUUGAAAGUGGAGCAACUGACAAAACCACUUCUUCUGUGAGUAAACAGGUUUGCAAAGAACAACACAGAAGCUGGUGUACUCUUGGAUUUAUCCGCAGUGUUGCACUGAUGCCUCAGAUGUGUAGCACACUUAGCACCUCCCAGUGGAUCAAUCUCCUUAUCAAGAUUGUUGAAGGUCAUCAGUCUUUUAAUGCUGUAACAUUGCAGAGACAGAUACUUGCACUUCGAUUGCUACAGUCUGUUUUACCUUCCUGGGAAAAACUGGAAAGAGCAAAGGACAUGAAAUUUCUGGUUGAAAAACUUUUUGUUUUUUUAGGCAGUUUAUUGAGCACUUGUUCAUCUGAUCUUCCCCUUUUGAGAGAAGGAGCCCAAAGAAGGAGGAAAUUGCGACCUCAAGCAUCAUUGACAGCAACCCAUAGCAGCACACUGGCAGAAGAAAUUGUAGCAGUUCUAAGAACUCUUCAUUCCCUGAAUCAAUGGAAUGGACUCAUUAAUGAGUACAUAAACUCCCAACUCAAUUGCAUCACAUCUGUCAUGGCUGGAAAACAUUCAGAAGCAAUCAUAUUGGAAGACUAUUUUCCAGAACCAGAGGGUCUUGAAAUUGGAAUUUUGAUGGCAGUUCUAGCAGUUAUUGGAGGAAUAGACAGCCGUUUGAGACUUGGAGGCCAGGUGGCUCAUGAAGAAUUUGGAGAGGGCACUGUGACUCGUAUCACGCCAAAGGGGAAGAUUACAGUACAGUUUCAUGAAAUGCGUACUUCUAAAGUUUGCCCCUUGAAUCAGCUCAAGCCACUUCCUGUUGUUUCUUUUAGUGUAAACAAUCUUCCUUUCACCGAGCCAAUGCUAUCUGUUUGGGCUCAGCUUGUCAACCUAGCAGGAAGUAAACUUGAAAAACAGAGAAUGAAGAAAUCACCUAGUCGAACUCAUGCUGAUCAAGUUGAUCUGCACUUGUUACGAUGCCAGCAGCUGAGGUUAUAUGUACUUAAAGCAGCUCGAUCUUUGCUGUCUCAUCAGGACAAACUGAGGCAAAUAUUGUCUCAGCCUGCAGUAGCUGAUUCUGGAACAAAUACUAGUGAAGAUACAGUAGUAGCCUCACCUGAUGCUAUUGAUUUGUCUCCGGAAGGCCCACAGCCUCCAAUGAUACUCCUUCAACAGCUGCUUUCUGCAGCUACCCAACCAUCCCCAGUAAAAGCCAUAUUUGAUAAACAGGAGCUUGAGGCUGCAGCUUUAGCAGUGUGCCAGUACCUAGCUGUUGAAUCCACACAUCCUUCUUUGCCUGUAUUUGAUGACAGCAGUUCAAGUGAAGCAACAACUCCUGUGGCUGUGCAGCAUGCUCGGCCACCCAAGCAAAAGAAACAGAAAGCCUCUCCAGUUCCACCACUGCCUGUUGUUGUCCAAUUAAUGGAGAUGGGCUUUCAGAGGAAGAACAUUGAAUUUGCUUUGAAGUCUAUGUCAGGAACCACUGGGAGUGCGACUGGACUACCAGGUGUAGAAGCCCUUGUAGGAUGGCUGUUGGAUCACCCAGAUGUGCAGGUCACUGACCUGUCUGAUGCUGAUACAGUGUCAGAUGAGUACUCGGAUGAAGAAGUUAUAGAGGAACUUGAAGAACCAGAAGCUGCCUUUGCUGUGCCAUCUGGAGCUGUUGUCACAGAAAGUCAAACAUACAAGAAACGUUCAGAUUUUCAAAGUAAUGAUGACUAUGCAGUUUAUGUUCGAGAGAAUAUUCAGGUGGGCAUGAUGGUGAGAUGUUGUCGAACAUACGAAGAGGUGUAUGAAGGAGAUGUUGGAAAGGUUAUAAAGCUUGACCGUGAUGGGCUUCAUGAUUUGAAUGUGCAGUGCGAUUGGCAGCAGAAAGGUGGUACCUAUUGGGUCCGAUAUAUUCAUGCGGAGCUGUUGGGUUUUCCUCCACAGAGCUCUCCAUCACAUAUUAAAAUUGGUGAUAAGGUUAGAGUAAAAACUUCAGUAACAACUCCAAAGUAUAAAUGGGGCUCAGUUACUCACAGGAGUGUUGGAGUUGUCAAAGCUUUUAGUGCCAAUGGCAAAGAUGUAAUUGUGGAUUUUCCACAACAGUCUCACUGGACUGGCUUGUUGUCAGAAAUGGAAUUGGUGCCUAGCAUUCAUCCUGGAGUCAGAUGUGAUGGCUGUCAGAUGUUCCCGAUUAAUGGACCACGGUUUAAAUGUAGAAACUGUGAUGAUUUUGACUUCUGUGAGAACUGUUUUAAAACUAGAAAACAUAACACCAGACACACAUUUGGUAGGAUUAAUGAGCCAGGGCAGUCUCCUAUAUUCUGUGGACGCUCAGGAAAGCAACUCAAGCGACAUCACAGUAGUCAACGUGGCAUGUUGAUAGAUGAUUGGUCAAGAGUGGUUAAAAAUCUGAAUGUGUCGUCUUCUGUAAAUCAAGCUUCUCGUCUAACUGAUGGAAGUGAGCAGUGCUGGCAGUCUUCUGGAUCUCAGGGCAAACACUGGAUUAGACUUGAACUUUUCCCUGAUGUUCUUGUGCACAGACUUAAAAUGACAGUAGACCCGGCUGAUAGCAGUUAUAUGCCAUCUUUAGUAGUGGUUUCUGGUGGGAAUUCCUUAAAUAACCUCAUUGAGCUAAAAGCAAUCAACAUCAAUCCAACUGACACAACUGUGCAGCUACUCAGUGACUGUACUGAGUAUCACAGGUAUAUUGAAAUUGCUAUCAAACAGUGUAGAAGCUCUGGAAUAGAUUGUAAAAUUCAUGGUUUGGGAUUAGUUGGUCGCAUAAGAGCCGAGGAUGAAGAUCUGGCAACCGUUCCCUUCCUUGCUUCAGAUAAUGAGGAGGAAGAUGAUGAUAAGGCUAACACCGGGAGUCUUGCAAGGAAAAGGUCUGCAGGGUUGGAGUCAGCUGCUACUAUUAGAACAAAAGUUUUUGUUUGGGGACUGAAUGAUAAAGAUCAGCUUGGCGGACUGAAAGGCUCUAAGAUAAAGGUUCCUUCAUUUUCCGAAACUCUUUCUGCAUUGAAUGUAGUACAGGUUGCUGGUGGGUCAAAAAGUCUUUUUGCAGUUACUGCAGAAGGAAAGGUAUAUUCAUGUGGUGAAGCUACAAAUGGAAGACUCGGUUUGGGAAUCUCCAGUGGAACCAUUCCUAUACCUAGACAGAUCUCAGCCCUGAGUAAUUAUGUUGUAAAGAAAGUUGCUGUACAUUCAGGAGGACGCCAUGCAAUGGCUCUAACAGUUGAUGGGAAAAUAUUUUCUUGGGGUGAAGGAGAUGAUGGAAAACUUGGACAUUUCAGCAGAAUGAACUGUGAUAAGCCUCGACUUAUUGAGGCUCUAAAAACCAAGAGAAUCAGAGACAUUGCAUGUGGUAGUUCUCACAGUGCUGCUAUCACCUCAAGUGGGGAGCUGUAUACUUGGGGACUUGGGGAGUAUGGUAGACUAGGUCAUGGAGACAACACUACACAGCUAAGGCCAAAGUUGGUAAAGGUCCUUUUGGGUCAUCGGGUAAUUCAAGUUGCUUGUGGCAGCAGAGAUGCACAGACACUUGCCUUAACUGAUGAAGGACUUGUGUUCUCCUGGGGAGAUGGUGAUUUUGGAAAACUUGGCCGAGGUGGUAGUGAAGGCUGCAAUAUCCCCCAGAAUAUCGAGCGAUUGAAUGGCCAAGGUGUUUGUCAGAUUGAAUGUGGAGCUCAGUUUUCUUUGGCAUUGACCAAAUCAGGGGUUGUGUGGACAUGGGGCAAAGGAGACUACUUCAGACUUGGUCAUGGGACUGAUGUGCAUGUCCGUAAACCUCAAGUUGUUGAAGGUCUCAGAGGAAAGAAGAUUAUCCAUGUUGCUGUGGGUGCCCUUCAUUGCUUAGCUGUUACGGACACAGGACAGGUUUAUGCCUGGGGUGACAAUGACCAUGGACAACAGGGGAAUGGAACCACCACUGUGAAUAGAAAACCCACCUUGGUACAAGGACUAGAAGGGCAGAAAAUAACACGUGUAGCUUGUGGGUCAUCUCACAGUGUGGCAUGGACAACAGUUGAUGUGGCGAUGCCAUCUGUUCAUGAGCCAGUUCUCUUCCAGACAGCUCGGGAUCCUUUAGGCGCAUCUUACUUAGGUGUUCAGUCAGAUUUGGAUUCUUCUUCAGUUAGCAAUAAAUUGAAUGGACAGAAUAUACUGAAGCCCAACAGGCCAUCUUUAGCAAAAAUCUUGCUGUCUCUGGAUGGAAACCUUGCCAAACAGCAAGCACUAUCACAUGUCUUAACGGCUCUACAAAUAAUGUAUGCCAGAGAUGCAGUGGUUGGUGCUCUAAUGCCUGCCAGUAUGAUUGCACCUGUUGAAUGUCCAUCCAGUUCUCCAGUUCCUCCCUCUGAAAUAUCCUCGGCAUCUAGCCCCAUCGAUGGUGAGAUGCACCCUGUGCUUAUAGAUGUGGAAGAAAGAUUGAGCCCAAACCCUUGGCAGGAUCGUAGGGGAGAGGCUGUGUCUUCAGAAGAUGCCUUAACCCCUUCAUCUGCAGUAACUCCUUCAGCAUGUGCUGCGUCGUCACGGCCAUUCAUUCCAGUGACAGAUGAUCCUGGAGCUGCAAGCAUCAUAGCAGAGACAAUGACUAAAACCAAAGAGGAUUCAGAAAGCCAAAAUAAAGCUGCUGGUCCUGAACCCCAGUACCUGGAUGAAUUCACAAGUCUACUGGUACCAGAUGACACACGAGUGAUGGUUGAUCUACUGAAAUUGGCAGUGUCUAAUCGUUCAGGAGAUAAAGGGAAGGAUGUGCUUUCUGCUGUGCUGUCCGGAAUGGGUACUGCAUAUCCUCAGAUGGCUGACAUGCUGCUUGAGUUAUGUGUCACAGAAUUGGAAGAUGUUGCCUCAGACUCACAAAGUGGCCGUUUGUCCUCUCAGCCAGUAGUAGUUGAGAGCAGCCACCCUUAUAUUGAUGACACCUCCACCAGUGGAACUGUGAAAAUUCCAGGUGCUGAAGGCCUCCGGGUAGAGUUUGAUCGUCAGUGCUCAACAGAGAGGAGACAUGAUCCUCUUACUAUAAUGGAUGGAGCUAACCGCAUAGUGUCUGUCAGAUCUGGAAGAGAAUGGUCUGAUUGGUCAAGUGAACUCCGAAUUCCAGGAGAUGAGCUGAAGUGGAAGUUUACAAGCGAUGGUUCAGUGAAUGGUUGGGGUUGGCGCUUUACAGUUUAUCCAAUCAUGCCAGCUGCAGGGCCCAAAGAUCUUCUUUCAGACCGCUGCAUUCUUUCUUGUCCAUCUAUGGACCUGGUGACGUGCCUCUUAGAUUUUCGAUUGAACCUUGCCACAAACAGAAGCAUAGUUCCCCGUCUUGCAGCAUCACUGGCAGCUUGUGCUCAGCUAAGUGCCUUAGCAGCUGGGCAUAGAAUGUGGGCUUUGCAAAGAUUGAGAAAGUUGCUGACAACAGAAUUUGGACAGUCUAUCAACAUUAAUAGACUGCUUGGAGAUUCAGAUGGAGAAACACGGACCUUGAGUUUCACAGGGAGUGCUUUAGCUGCUUUGGUAAAAGGACUUCCGGAGGCUCUUCAAAGACAAUAUGAAUAUGAGGACCCUAUUGUAAGAGGUGGAAAGCAGUUGCUUCAUAGCCCCUUCUUUAAGGUUUUGGUGGCUCUUGCCUGUGACUUGGAGCUGGACACCCUCCCAUGUUGUGCAGAAACACACAAGUGGGCCUGGUUUAGAAGAUACUGCAUGGCAUCUAGGGUAUCUGUUGCCCUUGAUAAAAGAACUGCCCUACCACGCCAGUUCCUUGAUGAGGUAGCUAAGAAAAUCCGAGAACUCAUGGCAGAUAAUGAAAACAUGACUGUGCUUCAUGAGUGCCAUGAUAUUUUCAAGAGGGAGCAUGAUGAGCAACUUGUCCAGUGGAUGAACAGGAGACCAGAUGACUGGACACUAUCUGCUGGUGGAAGUGGAACAAUUUAUGGGUGGGGUCACAACCACAGAGGUCAGCUAGGUGGUAUAGAAGGAGCAAAAGUUAAAGUGCCGACGCCAUGUGAAGCUCUUGCUACAUUAAGACCCAUUCAGCUUAUUGGUGGUGAACAAACUUUGUUUGCAGUUACUGCUGAUGGAAAGUUAUAUGCCACAGGUUAUGGUGCUGGUGGUAGACUUGGAAUUGGAGGGACCGAAUCAGUUUCUACACCUACGUUGCUUGAGUCCAUUCAACAUGUUUUCAUUAAGAAAGUAGCUGUGAACUCUGGUGGAAAGCAUUGUCUGGCUUUGUCAUCAGAGGGAGAGGUCUACUCUUGGGGAGAGGCUGAAGAUGGUAAACUUGGCCAUGGAAAUAGAAGCCCUUGUGAUCGUCCACGUGUGGUUGAAUCUCUUCGUGGCAUUGAAGUUGUUGAUAUUGCUGCAGGUGGUGCACACAGUGCAUGCAUCACAGCCACAGGGGAGCUAUAUACAUGGGGCAAAGGCAGGUAUGGUCGGCUGGGACAUGGAGACAGCGAGGACCAGCUCAAACCAAAAUUGGUUGAAGCACUCCAGGGCUAUCGUGUUAUUGAUGUGGCUUGUGGCAGUGGAGAUGCACAGACACUUUGCCUAACUGAUGAUGACACUGUCUGGUCUUGGGGGGAUGGAGAUUAUGGCAAGCUAGGACGAGGUGGCAGUGAUGGCUGUAAGGUCCCAAUGAAGAUCGACUCUCUCACUAACCUGGGUGUCAUAAAAGUGGAAUGUGGAUCACAGUUUUCAGUGUCACUUACAAAGUCAGGAGCUGUAUAUACAUGGGGAAAAGGAGACUAUCAUCGAUUAGGUCAUGGUUCAGAUGACCAUGUCAGAAGACCGCGACAGGUUCAAGGUCUCCAAGGAAAAAAAGUAAUUGCUAUUGCUACUGGAUCACUUCAUUGUGUCUGUUGCACUGAAGAUGGAGAAGUUUAUACUUGGGGAGACAAUGAUGAGGGGCAGCUAGGAGAUGGAACCACUAAUGCUAUACAGCGGCCUCGCCUAGUGGCAGCAUUACAAGGGAAAAAGAUUAACAGGGUGGCAUGUGGCUCAGCUCAUACUCUUGCAUGGUCCACCAGCAAGCCCGCCAAUGCUGGCAAACUUCCUACUCAGGUUCCUAUGGAGUACAAUCACCUUCAAGAGAUUCCUGUAAUUGCACUGAGAAACAGACUUUUGCUGCUGCAUCAUAUUUCAGAGCUUUUUUGCCCCUGUAUCCCAAUGUUUGAUCUUGAAGGUCGUCUGGGUGAAACAGGACAAGGACCAUCAGUGGGCUUUGAUACCCUUCGAGGAAUAUUAAUUUCACAGGGCAAAGAGGCUGCAUUCCGAAAAGUUGUUCAGGCAACAAUGGUUAGAGAUCGUCAGCAUGGCCCAGUGGUGGAGCUGAACAGAAUACAGGUUAAACGUUCCAGAAGUAAGGGUGGGCUGGCUGGACCAGAUGGCACAAAGUCUGUCUUUGGCCAGAUGUGUGCUAAAAUGAGCUCCUUCAGUCCAGACAGCCUUUUGCUUCCUCAUCGGGUUUGGAAAGUCAAAUUUGUAGGGGAAUCAGUAGAUGACUGCGGAGGAGGCUACAGUGAGUCAAUAGCAGAGAUGUGUGAGGAGCUCCAGAAUGGCUUAACUCCACUGCUGAUUGUUACUCCAAAUGGACGGGAUGAAUCUGGAGCAAACAGAGAUUGCUUCCUUUUGAAUCCAGCAGCCAAAUCAAUGCUUCAUAUGAAUAUGUUUCGAUUUUUAGGAGUACUGUUAGGAAUUGCCAUCCGCACAGGGAGUCCUCUGAGUCUGAACCUUGCCGAACCUGUCUGGAAACAGCUGGCUGGAAUGAACUUAACAAUUGCUGACCUCAGUGAGGUUGAUAAAGACUUUAUUCCUGGGCUUAUGUACAUCCGUGACAAUGAGGCAACUGCUGAAGAGUUUGAAGCUAUGACCCUUCCAUUCACUGUGCCAAAUGCCAGUGGUCAAGAUAUUCAGCUGAGUUCCAAAUAUGCCCAUAUCACACUGGAGAAUCGAGCAGAAUAUGUGAGAUUAGCAAUAAAUUACAGACUCCAUGAGUUUGAUGAGCAGGUCUCUGCAGUCAGGGAGGGGAUGGCCCGAGUGGUUCCUGUGCCUCUCCUUUCUCUAUUUACUGGAUAUGAACUUGAAACGAUGGUAUGUGGCAGUCCAGACAUUCCACUACACCUACUGAAGUCUGUUGCCACCUAUAAAGGAGUGGAGCCCACAGCACCUUUGAUCCAGUGGUUCUGGGAGGUAAUGGAAUCCUUCUCCAACACAGAAAGGUCGCUGUUUCUUAGAUUUGUUUGGGGAAGGACAAGACUUCCAAGGACAAUUGCAGACUUUCGGGGACGAGACUUUGUUGUUCAGGUAUUGGAUAAAUACAACCCUCCAGAUCACUUUCUUCCAGAGUCCUACACUUGUUUCUUCCUAUUAAAAUUGCCCAGGUACUCCUGUAAGCAUGUGUUGGAGGAAAAAUUGAAAUAUGCAAUUCAUUUUUGCAAGUCUAUUGACACGGACGAUUACGCCCGCAUUGCACUGACUGGUGAGCCGGCUGCAGAUGACAGCAGUGAAGAUUCAGACAAUGAGGAUGCGGAUUCCUUUGCUUCUGAUUCCACCCAGGAUUACUUGACUGGACACUAAUGGUGGCUUCUUUGGUUGAAAAAAAAUAUUUUUAAACAGGCAAAAGCUCUACUGCCAAUUAUAAUAUAUAAACCUAAAUGAAUUUAAAAAAAAAAAAAACACUCCUAAAAACAAUUAUUUAAAACUAGGCGAGUGCAAAUUCCUACACAUAGCUCCUAGAAGCCCUGUAUCCUUGAUAUAAAGUAGUUUUCUUUGAUUUUUUUUAAAGAAAUGCUGCACAACCAAUUUAGUUUUGUGUUUAAUAAUGUCAUGUAAAUGUUUAUAUAUUAAGUAAGCUGUGCUGCAUAUGAAUAAUUGUAUUCAGCCCAGCACUUUGGUAGCCAAUUACAAGUACGUGCUGUGCUCUUUACACUAGUUUGUUGUAUAAUUUGCAACACGAGAUUACUAUUACACACUUUCUUUUCUUUGAAUCGUGUUUCUGUACUUUUUGAUUACAGGAGGGUCAAUGUUCACGCAAUACUUUUACUCACAAACCUCCAACUUGCUCAUGUCUUCUCCAUAAAGUUACUGUGUGUCGUUCAUUAUCCUUUGCAAACAUCUGUGCAGACUGUAGUCAUUUGGAACUGUAAAUAUGAUUGUGCCAUGUAUUUACAAAGAGUCCCAUUUUACUGUGAAUAAACUUCAACUUAAAAUA